AUGUUCAAACGUACUUUUGCCAGCGCCUUCGCUGCUAUUAGUUCUGAGAAUAUGGAAGUCACCGUCGACAGCCCAGAACAGCAGAUACAACAACGACUUACGGAGUACGAAAUCUGGGAUGCGCAUUACGCGCAGACCUAUCCUGCGUCCCCUCCCCAGGGGACCGUGGUAGGUACGGUCAAACGCUGGCUUGGUGCCGCGAUUGCAUUCGCGGUCCCUCGCCGCUUCGUCGACCGAUUCCCUCAAGUGCAGCAGAUCAUUGCGAUCCCAGUUAUCAACAACGAGGGCUCUUUGAAGAAGCGCCUCAUCGAUGCUUUCGGUCUUGAAGAAGAGAGCCUCUCGUCUCGAGCAGCAAGAAGAGAAGCUCAGCUCCAAUGGCUCGAAGAAAACCCAUCACCCUUGACGCGUCGUCUGCAAACAAACAUGCGCGAGCGCGAGUCGCGUUUCCACUCGCCAACGCCACUGCCACGCAAAAUAAACAUGCGUCAUCUACCAGCCACACCAGGCUCACCAGACAUCUGGUCACCUGGUUUUAACAACCCAGCUCCACAACGCAUAUCCCCCAUCGCAUUCGACCGAAUUACACCGCCUGGCACACCGAUUCUUGAGCCUGAAUCCGAUAACGAGGAUGACGAUCUCGACAUCAGCCUGGACUUCUCCUUUUCAGACAUUCUCACAUCUACACCUCCGCGAAAUAUCGUCACAGACGCUCCCGAGCCCAUCAAUUGGAAUAGCCCAAGCAUCUACGCUCCCGAUCCCCACUCAACACACAUCUCACAGCCAACUCCGGUCACGCCCGUGCGCGAAAAUUUGCUUAAGCAGCAGCUGCGCAGAAGUGCAGAGCUAUCCGACAUUGAAGAAGAGACUUCUUUUGAGAUUGCAAUUGAAUCGGUUUAUACUCCCAAGGGCGCCGAAGAAGAUUCAUCUGACCUUCCCGAUGUCCCGUCGUCACCUUUCGAGUCUGACAUUGAGUCGCCAAUUUCGAUGCCCAAGACACAAACACCGUCGUCACCUGUGCAAUCAGACGCCGGCUCUUCACCUUUUCAGUCAGACGCCGACUCUUCACCUUUUCAGUCGGAUGUCGACUCGUCCCCAUUCCAGUCAGACGUGGGAUCGCCAACCCCGGCACCUGUGCAAACCUACGAGGACGAUCUCUCGUUUCUUGUUGAUAAUUCGCCACUCCCAGCCCGCAAGACUGUUCGUUGGGCGAAAAACUCACACGUAAAAGCAUUCUAUUUUGACGAAGGGGUCGAAGACAUGCUAGAUUCCACACUGGAAUCUAUUUAUUCCAACGUCGAUGAGUUGGAAAUGUCAGAGGAGCUGACGUUAGAAACCCAACUGCUGAAAGAGAAGACGUUCGUUUGUCCCCUCGACACUAAGGAGAUCGAUUUCUUGGAGAAAAUAGCCGAAGCCUCAGCAUUUGGUCAAGAUGGGGACUUUUCGAUUGUGGAUGACAAGCUCAAGGCCAGGGACUUUGCUACCUUGUUGCCAAGUAUGUUCAAUGGAGACCCAAAGGCCUGGUUGAACGACAAUAUUGUCAACGAAUACCUUUCCAUACUAGUCGAUUACAAGAAGAGAGAUGCUGGCUUCGAGGCCAAGCGGGGCGGCCCUGCCCCACCCGUACACGCUUUCUCGUCAUUCUGGUACACCAACAUGAAGAAAGGCACAGAGUCAGUUCGAAGAUGGGCCUCGAGAUUCCAACUGGCUGGAGUGCAGUACCUCGACGCUGAACUUAUAUUGUAUCCAAUCUGCGAUGUCGGACAUUGGCGGUUGAUUGCUGUCAAACCCAAAGCACGUUCUAUCGAAUACCUCGAUUCCCUCGGCUUUGAUGGAAAGCCAUACAUUGCCAAAAUGUUCGAAUAUCUAAAGAUGGAACUGAAGGAAGCCUUCAUCGCAGAGGAGUGGUCUGUGGUAGAAAAACAGCGCAGCUCUCGCCAAAUGAACGGAAGCGAUUGUGGUGUUUUCACCCUUUUGAAUGCUCUGGCACUCUUGCGAGGCGAAGAGGCCGACAAGGUCAUUGCUUGCGACGGUAUGCUGGACGCACGCGAGCGUAUCGCAACUACACUGAUGGCCGGAGUUCCCACUACUGAGAUGGAGUGA